AUGAUCGACGACAACGAGACCAAGAGUGAAGACGAUGUCGUGGUGAAAGAUCAUCACGACCACGAGAACGAGAGUCUCGUUGUGACGAACGUGCUUCACCACGACUACGAGAACGAAAGCUUCGUGGCGAACGUGUAUCACCAAUUGAACGAGAAAAAGAUCGUCUUGGUAGAUAUGCAUCACGACCACGAGAACGUAAGCGUCGUGAUGGAUCCAGAUCACGACCACGUGAGCGAGAGUGGUGUCGCCGCAUCGACGCGCCACAAAAACAGCGGUCUUCCGCUCAUACAAGCUUGCAAUCCGGAAAGGUCGUAUAGCGCCCAAGGGAUCAAGUGCUGGUCCAUCACGCAGUCUCCAGAAUUCCCGUUAACUGUGCGCGGGAGUGCUGUGUCGUUGGUGUACGCGUCUUCGGUCAUCGUUUGCUUCGAGUGA